ACAACGCGGUUUCAUUUCCGUUUGAACUAAGAAUGAUUUUUUUAAAUGAAUUCUUAUGUUGUUGUUCAUUUCACUGUUAAAUCAUUAGGCUGAAUCGAGUCGUACGUUUUACCGGCAAAGUUACAUUAAAAAGUUAUUAGAAAAAAAAUUGUAUUGUAGGUACCUGUUUAGUUUGUUAUUUAUGAAUUUAAUAAUAAAAUUACUUGUAAAAUGUUAAAAAGUUUUAUUCUUUGCUUUGAAUGUGAUACGAAAAAAUUAAAAAGUGUUUGUGAUAUUAGUUAAAAAGUGCAUCGGACGAGUGUUUACACAAAAAUCUGGUAAACAUAACGUGACAAUGCGUUGGUUUAUCAUAUUGUUUAUAAUACCGGCGCGAGGGAAUUUCAUUGAAACACCACAAAACAUUACUAGUUCACCAUGUUCGGACCGGUACCAUCUAUUCCUGGCGCCAGGCGUGCUAACAUCUGGCGGUACAAGCAGGACUUGUGUCUCUCGGUUCUACCCAGAAGGUCCAGCGCGCAUGGUCCUGACAUUGCUCACAGAGGACGGUCAGAGUUCAAGCGCGACAAGGGAUUUGACGCCUGGGGACGGAGGCUGUCUUGAUAUUUCGGUUCCAGAAAAACCCAACACAAGAGCUGAACUCAGUGUUAAUAUAAGAUAUCCCGAUGCGAACUGUUCUUGGGACCGCCGUAUAUCCCUACGGAUAGCGAGUGGGAAGAUAGUGGUCGUCCACACUGAUCGUGCAAGAUACCGGCCUGGAGACUUGUUGAGGAUAAGAGCCAUCGUGCUCAAAGCGGACCUUACUCCUGCACAUUCUAACUUCGAAGAGAUAUGGGUGUCGGGCCCGCGCGGCGCGUGGGACGGCGUGCGCGUGGCGCAGUGGGCGCGCGUGCGCAGCCGGCUGGGCGUGGCGCAGGCGCAGCACCGCCUCGACGGCGCCGCGCCGCCCGGCCGCUGGACGCUGCGCGCGCGCCUCGCCGACGGCGCGCAGGGAUCUACGACGUUCCUGGUCGGUAACUACGAAUUGCCGCCAUUCCAGCUGACAGUCAAUCACUCGCCUAAAAUCUUGAGGACUAGCGAGAGACUCGUCUGGACUGUGUGUGUGAGAUACCCGUGGUCAGAAGCAGUGGAAGGUAUGUUAGUCAUCCGUCUCCGUGGGGUGGGAGGUUCUGGUGAAGGCACUGGUGGAAUUCGAACCGCUGUCCGUCUGAAAGCGCCCCGAGCGUGUCACCGACACGCCGCUGCGUCUAAACGUAUAGGACUGGAUGGAGACAGUUCCCCUGAUGUUGUUGUCGCUGACUUCUCAUUUCAGGAGGAGGGGACGAGAAUAUGGCAGAAUACGACCGUGGUGUCCCAUGUUGUGGACGAUGCAGUCACCUUGGAGUUCCUCACCAAGCACAGUGUUGUUAUAUCACCGGGACUGCCUUACAAAAUUAAAGUGAAAGCAACUCGCUGGGACGACAAGCCCGCGACCAACGAGAGUGUCCGCAUGUGCCGCGCCGCGGCCCGCACUCUCGACGAGGAGUUCAACUCCACCAGCGCUUCGUGCGUGGAUUCCAUCACCGACUGGAAGGGCAUCGCCAAGGUCAUGUUCACAGCUGAAGAUGAUGGCAGUCCCUAUUAUAUUUUUCAGGCGCGCGCGCGCAACGCGACGGCGCGGCUGGGCGCGCGCGGGGCGCGCGGGGCGCGCGGGGGCGGCGCGCGCGCGGCGCUGGGCGCGCUGCGGGCGGACCGGCGCGCGCGCACGCUGCUGCCGCUCUACCUCGCGCUGCCCGACGCCGGCGCCGCGCUCACCGUGCACUUCGUGGUCAUCACCCGCGGAGGAAUCAUAUACCGCUGGGGUGCUACCACCCAAUGCCCGAUCACUAGCACCACCAACGUGAUCCAGACGUCACCUCGCAACAGCGUCUGCCCCAAUACCAAUCUGGUGAAACUCGAUAAAAUCUUCGAUAAGAAUUUAGAUGCAAGGAACUCGUCGAAGCUAGACGCUCUCAUGGACAGACAUUUGUCCAAGAUAAUGCUGCCGAUUAAAGUGUCCCACCAGAUGUGCCCCGACAGCCACUUGGUAGCGUAUUUCUAUUAUAAGAACGAGCUGAUCACUGCGAGUAAGCAUUUCGAGUUGGAAGAAUGUUUUGCCAAUAAGGUAGAAGCUCGCUGGGCAUCCCGUCACGUGUCCCCCGGCUCGCUGUCGCGCCUGCACGUGCAGACGCCGGGGCCCGCGCUGUGCGCGCUCAGUGUGCUGGAGGCGGGCGCGGCGGGGGAGGGGGGCGCGGCCGGGGCGGGGGGGGCGGCCGGCCUGCGCGCGGACCUGCUGGCGGCGCUGCGGGUCUUGGUGGACGCGAACAGGAACCUGACGGAGCACGACGCCGCUGGGGAAUGUUUCCUCACAUCAGACACGCCCGACGUGCCCACAUCGGGCAUCGAACUCAUGUCCUCGUGGCUGUCGUCUGCUGGAGUCAGACUUCUCGGCGGUGGCAAUAUUGUGAGACACUGCGGCCCCUCUCCGGCUAAACUUGUUACUGAAGACGUCAUUGUGCCGAGGAGUGACUUCUCUGAGUCAUGGCUGUGGCGCCUCGUGGGCGUGGGUGCCAACGGUUCAGUGGUAGUUAGUGCUCGAGCACCGGAUUCCAUCACCCGAUACGAAGCGACGGCUAUCUGCCUUGCGAAGAGUGGUAUCGCAAUUUCGGAGCCUGCUGUGUUACAGGUGUUCCGUCAGUUCUUCAUCCAUGCCACCGGCCCUCAGAGAAUGAAACGAGGGGACUCCAUCAUCGUUCCAUAUCGCAUCUUCAACUACCUCUAUGAGCCUCUCAGUAUCGAGGUGGAGGUGGUGGCGGAGCGACCGCUCGAGGCCCCCGGCGGCGCCGAGCGCGUGUGCGCCGGGCCGCGCGCGGCGGUGGCGCGGCGCGCGUGGCUGCGCGCGGGCGGCGUGGGCGGCGCGGGCGGCGCGGGGCGCGCGGGCGCGGCGCGCGUGCGGCUGCGGGCGCGCGCCGCGCCCGGGGCCUGCGCGCCGGCGGCGGGCACGUUCAGCGGGAGCGCCAGUGAUGAAGUGGUAAUCCGCAUCGAGGUGGACCCUGAAGGUGUUCCGGUGCAAGAACAUCGCUCUGCCCUGCUCUGUGGUCAAGAUAGUCAAAAUUUUACAAGCAUCCCUGAAAUGUCGUGGUCGUGGCCCGAGGUCCAAGCUGUGGCUGGUACUGAAUCCGUGACCGUCUGGGCCACUGGAGACACAUUUGGACCAUUACUUGCUGAUGCGGAUGGCCUGGUACAGCUUCCACGUGGCUGCGGAGAGCAGAACAUGGCGCGACUCGCCACUAAUCUGCUGGCGCUGCAGAUGAUGACACCUGGGCACGGGACUCUGAGCGCUAAGGAUCAUGUCGCGAGAGGUGUAACGCGCCAGUUGCAAUACGCACACCCAGAGGGAGGGUUCAGCGCGUUCGGCACCGCAGACCCGCAGCCCUCCGCCUGGCUCACCGCAUUCUGUCUACGAUAUCUGAGGAGAGCUUAUGAGGUAAUAUCGGGCAAGGCUCCCGUCCCCCCUGUGAUAAUACGAUCUGAGCGCUGGCUGGCGAGUCGGCAGAUGGAGAACGGCUGCUUCCGUCCCGACGGACACGUGUUCCACCACGAGCUGCAGGGUGGUUUAAACGAAGAUAGCGAGACAUCGAAUGUUGCUCUAACAGCUUACAUCAUCAUCGCUCUACUCGAAAGUACUUCGCCUCUCCCUCCCAAACUCAUAAAAAACUCCCUCUCCUGUCUCCGAGCUUUACCGCCUUCGAAAUCAAAUAUCCCCAAUCCGUCCCGGAUCUACGCCCACUCGAUAAUAACGUACGCCUUCAUGAGGCUGCGGAGGUACGAGGAGUCGAGAAGUAACGAGGCGGGCGAGGAGGAAGGACUGAAGGAGGACGAGGAAUUGCAGGUGCUCAUGGAGUUUCUUAGUAUGGCGAAGCGUAACGGAGAGUACGUUUGGUGGGAUACCGGCAACCCGGCGACGUCGGUGGAGGCGUCGGGCUACGCGCUGGCGGCGCUGGCGCAGUGCGGCGCGGGGCGGCGCGCGCGCUGCGCCCGCGACGUGGCUCCCGCCGCGCGCUGGCUCGCCGCGCAGCUCCGCGCCGCCGGCGGGUUCGGCUCCACGCAGGACACGCUCGUAGCACUGGAGGGUUUAGCUCUCUGGAGAGAUCUCCUCCCAUCGGCUUCCAACGUGACAAUCAAAAUCCGCAGCGGGUCGCACUCAGACGCGCUGCAGUUAACCGCCGAUUCCACUGUGCCAAAACUCGUAAAGUUGCCAGCCAGCCAACAGACCACCGUGGCAGUUGAAGGCCCCGGCUGCGCGCUGGUGCAGGCGACGCGCGUGUACCACAGCGCGGCGGCGCCGGGCACGCGCGGCUCCGUGCGCGUGCGCGUGUCCCCGCAGGGGGCCUUCCACUGCGCGCACGGGGCCUGCUACUGCGCUGCGCUGCUGCAGGUGUGCGUGAUGUGGACAGACUCAUUCCCCCCCAUGUCGCUGCUGGAGGUGUCUCUGCCCAGCGGAUAUGCGCCAGACGCGGAACGUCUCUACGCACAGCUCACUGACCAUACACUUCUCCGUCGUAUAGAGCUGUCUCCAAACAGCGGUAAGGUGAGUAUGUACCUCGGCUCGCGGGACGGUAGCGACACUGUGUCGCGUGUCGGCCGGCAGUGUGUCGACAUACACGUGGUGGGACCGAAAGCACGUACCAAGCCCGCGUACGUCAAGAUCAUUGACUACUACAGACCUGAUAUUAAGGAUACACAGAUGUACACAAUCCCAGAGGACUGUCCCUCUCAAAUAUCGGAAAAUACAAGCAACUACCACGCGUCAGACAAUCUAUUCAACGAAGCUCGCUCGCUCACGGACAGCGGGGAAAUUGUCAUCUCACACGAAUACUCCUUCGAAGAUCUACCUGGAGGGUUCCCGUUAGAGGAUCCGAUGUAUGAGAACCUCAUAAAAAAUAAUGAUUACAAUACAAUUAAGGAUAUUGAAAACGAAAAUAGUAAUCAAGAAAGAGUAAUUGUUACUAUUGAUCAAAAUACAGAUUUAAAAGCUGAUGAUGUAACUGAAAAAACAGCCGAUGCGAUUAAGAACACAAAAGAAAACAUCGAAAGGAAUACAACAAAAGAAAUUGAUUUAUCGACAGAAGCAAUUGAGAACAAACACGAAUUCAAAGGAAUCACUGAAGUUGAACGUGCAAAUGUGACCGGUAUUAAAGAAGAAUUGAAGCAAGAAUUACCUGAUAAGAAAUUAUCUAUUAACAAUCCUUCACUAUCGACCUUUCAUGUGAUCGAUUCGGAGAAAGAUCUAGAUUUUCCGACGGGUGUAGAAGGACCGAUACCCGCGGUAGUUUUACCACCAAAGAAUUUUGUUGUUCCACCAGAAACAGAUCAAACAAUCCACUUACAAACUAACUGGCGAUCUUCCCCCGCAGUACUCUACGACCAAGAAUAUUACGACCAAAAAUAUCAUACAGAAAACAAAGCCGAUGGUAUUGUCACUUGAGAAAUUCGAUAACAAAUCAUUUAUAUUUGUUAUUUUGAUGCAUUUAUACAAAAAAUACCUCCCGCGUUAGUUGUAAGUAAUUAUUAUUAAUAAAUAAGACUGAAGACAUUGUAUAGUCCAGGACUUUCCAACCAGUAGGUAGGCUGAAACAAUGUAAUAGGGCAAAAAAAAUAUGACGCUAAUUGGGUUGGUAGCCUCUGGUAUAGUCCACGAACACAACUCAUGAUCACCAAGGAGCUGGUUACGCUACCAGUCAAUAGCCAAGUGUAAUAACAAUGAAAUAUUAUAGUCACAGUAACAGUAACAGCCUGUAAAUGUCCCACUGCUGGGCUAAGGCCUCCUCUCCCUUUUUGAGGAGAAGGUUUGGAGCUUAUUCCACCACGCUGCUCCAGUGCGGGUUGGUGGAAUACACAUGUGGCAGAAUUUCGAUGAAAUUAGACACAUGCAGGUUUCCUCACGAUGUUUUCCUUCACCGAAAAGCACGAGAUGAAUUAUAAACAGAAAUUAAGCACAUGUAAAUUCAGAGGUGCUUGCCCGGGUUUGAACCCAUGUUCAUCGGUUAAGAUUCACGCGUUCUUACCACUGGGCCAUCUCGACUUUUUUAAAUAUUAUAGCGUUUAAGUUAAUUUAUUGCUUGUAAUUAGGAUUAAAUGUAAACAGCAAAAAAUUAUAGGCUGUGAGUAAAAAUUUUAAAACAUUGUUUAUUGUUUUAUCGGCGGAAGUUUUG